ACCAGAGUCUGACAUUGGGACACUUCCUCAUUCGGCGUCUCCCUUUAGGGAUCGCCACAGCGAAUGAUCUGCCUCCAUCUUGUCCUCUCCCUUGUGUUGCCUUCUGUUACACCAACUGUCCCCGUGUCCUCCUUACCAACAUCCCCGAAACUUCUCUGUGGUCUUUGUCUCCUGCCCGGCAGCUCCACCUUCAUAAAGGGUUUAGUUUCAUGACUUCUCAGAGAGAAGGAGAGGAGUUUCCUCCAAGACAGUGUCAGAGACAGAGAGGACUUUUAGAGAGGGAGGGACCUGGAAGGAAGAGGAGGGAAAAGAGCUGAUGUGUAUAAAGGGAGAUAUGGGCAAAAGCAGUGUGGUGUGAUUUGUUGGAGCACUUUUUCUCUUUUGGAUUUGUUUCCUGAAAAAUACAGGGUGGUAGGUUGUAAGGUGCAGAGGCAGAGGUGUGUGAGUGUGGGUCUCUAGUCAUAGUCAUCAUCUAUGCACAUGGAAAUAUAGAUAUUCCAUAUUGUCUACCUGCAUUUGUGGAUCUGUGAGUGUGCUGGACCAUGGCCGGGCGUGUGAGUGGCUUGGCGGUGAGGCGCUACCUCACCUUUUUCUCAGGUCUUUUUGAGUGCCUGUGUUUCGCUGGUGUUAUCUACGGAUGGGCUUCGCUUGUCUUUGUGCUCAAGAAGGACAACUACUUUGGCUCUCUGUGCGUCAACACCACAGGAGUCAAUGGAACACACGAAUUAGACUGCAGUGGACAGGAUGAAAAGUUCUCACUCGUCUUCACCAUCGCUUCCUUCAUGAACAAUUUCAUGACGUUGCCCAACGGCUUCCUCUUUGACUAUUUUGGCACCACCGUGGCCCGGAUCUUUGGAAUAUCCAUUUACACUACAGGAUCCCUGAUGAUGGCCUUUUCUUCAAGUGUGCCCGACCUGCUCUUCCCUGCUCUCUCUCUCCUGGCAACUGGAGGAAUUAUGUUUCUGGUCACCAACAUGCAGGUGGGAAACUUGUUCGGCGUCCAUCGCUCCACCAUCAUCACUCUUUAUAAUGGCGCCUUUGACUCCUCCUCUGCUGUCUUUUUUGUCAUCAAGAUGAUCCAUGAGAUUGGUAUCUCUGUCCGGACCUCCUUCCUCUUUCUGUCGGCCUGCAGCAUCAUACACUUGGUCAGGACUUUCUUAUUGCUGCCCAGGAAAUUAAUUCCCUACCCGCUGCCGGAUAAUUACACAUACGGGAUAACCUGUGGUAAAUCAAGUACUCAGACCUCAAAGGUUGCACUGAACGAUGAAAAGCCGACGAUGAUAGAGGAAAUCUCUGUGAAAAAAGUCCCGACUGUAGAAACACCAGUGGAGAAGACUUUCCGCCAAUGUAUUCUGUCCUGGUUCUUCUUGUGGCACCUGGUCUGGUUGUCUGUGAUGCAGUUCAGACAUAUCAUGUUCAUCGGCACCCUCAACCCCAUGCUGAACAGAAUGACAGAAGGAGAACCGUCGCUAGUGAGCAGCUACCUCAACGCCUUUGCCAUCACGCAGCUGUGCGGGGUGCUGUGCGCCCCCUGGAAUGGCUUUAUCAUCGACCGACUCAAGCGCAGAUACCAGAAUAGAGGACUGAAUGAACAGGAGGCAGACCUGCAGGCCACGGUGCUUUCCCUCUUCAUCACAGCGCUGCAGUGUAUGUUGUUCUCAAUCUGUGCCACCAUCCCGUUUCUGCCACUUCAGUACUUCACCUUCGUCCUGCAAGUGCUCAACCGCUCCUUCCUUUAUGGCGGCAACGCAGCUUUCAUCAGUGUGGCUUUCCCACCACGACACUUUGGGAAGCUGUUUGGUGUGGUCAUGGCUCUGUCUGCCGUGGUUUUGGCGCUACAGUAUCCCUGCUUUUCUCUGGUGAGGGACGUUCUGGAUGGAGACCCUUUAUAUUUGAACAUCGGUCUGGCGCUGUUCUGCCUAUUUGCCUUCAUCCACCCCGCCUGUGUCUUCCGUCACUGUCGAAGAACUGCAGCCGCAGCUGCCGCAGCCUCCUCUCAGGAUAUGAGCAUUCAUAGUUAAAUGUAUUUGCAGUUGAGUGUGACUUGGGGUUCACAGCCAUGUUGACCAUCAAACUCAACAGCCCGUGGUUCACUGUCCACUCUGGCUGACCCUCUGUGUAACCUAAAGCUCUUGUGAGAUUUCAGUUUGUCCUUGUGUGAUCAAACCAAAAUCAUUUUUACAGAGGGUUCAUUGUAGCUCCUCCCCAAAAUAUGUCCACACUUAUAACUUAACAUACAUAACAUAAUACAUACACUGGGGCUGAAAAAUAUGAGUACAUUGUAAUUGUGAGUUUUCUGACACAUCUUUUCUUUUUUAGUCAAGCUCCUUAUAAGUAUUGCUGUCAGAGAUUUAAAAAAAAAUGAUGGAGCAUUAAGACAAAAUAUUAGCAUUUGCAAUGUAAUGUAAUGUAUGAUAAUUUAAAGAUAUGAACAUCUGGCUUAUAGAACACGUGUGGGUUCCUCCGUCAGUGCACAGAACUAAGUAUGACAGGCACUAGCUCCGUGAACGUGCACGAGGAGACACAAAAGUGACGCAGCUGAUAUUGUGGAGUUAAAUAUGACUCCGUUUCCUUGUCUGUGAGACAUAUCAUUUCUCAGGAGUUGGAUGUCUGUGUCGCUCAGUGGCAGAAUUUGGUGACGUCGGCUUCUUCUGCACAUGUGAAGAGAUGAUGAGUUCACGUUUUAGAUCAUCUUUCAUUGUCCCCCCCUCGAUGGACAUGUGUCGCUCAAUGGUGCUAGAAAUUAGGCCAGUGCAUUUUGAUGAUCAGUAAAGGGAAUUAGCCCCCGACCCCCAUUAUAAAGAAAUGAACAUUGAGAUGAAUGUAUUUCACUGUGAAACAAAUAUAUAUAUAUAUAUAUAUAUAUAUAUUAAAACUUUUAAUUUACAACUGAAUCUUAGUGUUUCUGUUUACAUUCACUGUCUCUGUUUAAUUACACUGCAACAUCAGAAUACUUCACAUAUUGCUGUAGUAGUAGCAGCAGUACAAUUAUUUAUUGUUACAUUUAUUUGAAUUCAUUAUUUUAUCGUACAUUUAAAUGGCAUUGAAAAUAAUUCUCCAUUAAAGUCUGCUGAGAGAUACAAGAUUUUCAUCACAUAAACAAAUGGUGAAUUAAAAGGUACAUGUCAAAAAAAAUGUACCCAUCAAGAUCA